AUGGAAGAUGCACAUUUUUUUAAAGAAAUAAAUUCAAAUGAAUUUAUUUUUGGAAUUUUAGACGGUCAUAAUGGCCAAUAAAUUACUUAAUAUGUAGUUGAAAACUUACCAUAAAUAUUAACAGAAAAAUUAAUAAAAAAUCCUAAUAAAGAUAUAUCAGAAAUAUUAAUUAAAGUAUUUGAAGAAAUGUCAUAAUUAAUAUAUGAAAAUAUACCUGAAUAAGCAUAAGAAACUGGCACUACAUGUACUGUAUGUGUUCUUAGAAAUGAAAAUAAUUAAAAAGUCUUAUAUAGUGCUAACUUAGGAGACUCCAAGGCUAUAUUAUAUACUAAUGAUUAAUCAUUUUAAUUAACUAUUGAUCAUAGAGCAAGUAAGGAUGAAGAAAUUUAAAGAAUAAAAAAAUUUGGAGGUUAUGUAAGUAUGGGAAGAAUUUAAGGUAUUUUAGAAAAUUAUUUUGGAAAACAAUAUGGAUUAAAAAUAUCAUAUUGUGGUUGCUUCAGAUGGACUAUGGGAUUAUGUAUAAGAUGA